UCCUUCCCGUCAUUCCACGAGCCCACGGCCCAGGCGGCCUCUAAUCUCUCCGCGCCAUGGAGCUUGAGCUCGAAAGCGGCGGCGGGGGAAGCAGGGCGGUGGCACUCUCCGUUGACUCCCCAACGGCCGACCUCGGCCGCGGGGACCUGGGCGGCGGCGGCCCCUCCGCGGACCGCACCGUCUCGCGCCGCCACGUGUCCCUUCGCCUUCUCGAUGGCGGCGGCGGCGGCGAGCCCGGGGUCGCGUUCGAGGUCGUCGGCAGGAACCCCGUGGCGGUCCGCUCGCCGGACGGCGGGAGCAGAGGCGUGUUCCGGCGCGGGGAGAAGGGCGAGCUCAGGCCCGGGGGCGCGCUGUCGCUGUCGCUCAAGGCGCCCGCGUUCUGGGCCGUGCGGAGGAGGGAGGGGAACGGGGAGGGCGCGGUGGGGGUGGAGGGCGCCGUGCUGGACGCGGUGGCGAGGCGGGAGAGGCGGACAUGGGAGCGGAAGGAGAGGGAGAGGGAGAGGGAGAAGCGGGCUGCGGAGGAAGAGCCCAUGGAGGUCACCGAAGAGGAGGGGGCGGCGGCGGGCUCCGAAACGGAGGGUUUGGAUAUCGAUCUAGCAAGCGUCGAUCCGGUUCGAGAAUUUGGGUUCCUGUCGAUGGGCCAUGAGUUUGACAGUUAUCCAAAGGGAAGAAUUCGUGCUCCAAAGGAUUGGAAUUGGUUUCUAGAGGAAACAAGGAGGACCUCCGACGACGACGAUGAUGAUGAGAUUAGCAACGGGAGAGGUAGGUCAAAAGGUUGGGGUCAGAGCAAGAAGAAGAAAGAUAGAGAAGGAGAAGAUGAGGACUGGACUGAUGAGAGUGAGAAUGAAAAAGAAUCCCUGUCAAGAGGUCCUAGUGUGAAGAGAUCGAAGUAUGUCACAAGAUCUAAAGACCCAAAAAAGCCUCGUCAAGAAAACUCAAUGGUUAAAGGUGGAGACAAUGAUGGUGAGCAUGAAGAGGUCGAGAAAGAAGAGGACGAGGAAGAUGAAACUCUGGGAGGUUUUGUAGUUAAUGAUGAGGACGAUGAGCCUAUGGAAGAGCUGAGUGAUGAAGAGGAGGAAUUCGACGAUGAGGAAGAUGAUGAUUGAUAACACUAUCAGAAAUCGACCUUCUCAGUGAUGAUGUAAAGCGCUGACAAGUAGGUUGAGUUACAAGUAGUUCUGUUUUGUUCUCCUUUGAACUUCUGUAUAUACUGUUUGACAACUGUUGGGAGUGUUCUUACUUCUUAAAGAAUGACGUGUUGUUCGCUAAGCUGA